CGAUGAUAAGGUUCAAAUUUAAAGAUUCUCGAUACUCUCAAAGUUAAUCAACUCCUGUAUAUGAUCCUCAAUCCGUCUGUGUUUGUGAGAAGCAAAAUGGAGCUCAAAGUAUACUGUGAUCGGAUGUCCCAGCCAUCGCGAGCAAUUCUCAUCUUCUGCAAGGCUAAUAAUGCAGAAUUUGAGGAGGUUACUGUUGAGAUCGGCAAGGGCCAACACCGCACCCCUGAAUUUGCAGAAGUGAAUCCUAUGAAACAAGUUCCAGCUGUCAUCCAUGGUGAUUUCAAGCUUUUUGAGAGUCAUGCCAUACUUAUUUAUCUGGCUUCAACAAUUCCUGGUGUUGCUGAUCACUGGUAUCCAGCUGAUGUGCGCGAGAGGGCAAAGGUCCACUCGGUGCUGGAUUGGCACCACACGAAUCUGCGUCGUGGCUCAGUUGGAUAUCUCAUGAAUGCCGUCUUCGCGGAAGCGUUUGGCAUGCCUGGGGACCCGAAAGCAGCAGCUGAAGGUGAAAAGCUUCUUUCGGCAUCUCUUGCAAGAAUUGAGUCAUUCUGGCUUCAAGGAGGACCAUUUUUGCUUGGGAAUUCAAAGCCAACAAUUGCUGAUCUAGCUUUAGCUUGUGAAGUCACACAACUUGAGGUUGCAGAUGACAAUGACCAUGACCGUAUUGUGAAACCCCACACGAAAAUCGUGAAGUGGAUCAAGGAUGUGAAGAGCGCAACCGCCCCUCAUUUUGAGGAAAUUCAUGCAGCAAUCCGUUCAUUCAAAGAGCCCCUAAAGAAACUGAAGGCCCAAGCAGCUCAGAAAUCGGAGUGAAGCUGAAAGUGGUUGCAUUUCCAUAUGUGUGAGGUAACAAUGAAUAAGGGCAAGUGUUGAAGAACUCAUUAGGUUCAAUCACUUGAUCUAUUUUACAUGUGUGAUAUCAACUUUUAUCUUAUCUGCUUGCUUGUCGUAGCAGAAAAAUCUCCUUGAGAUUUAUGGAUGUGAUGAACAUGUUUCGUACGUAUAAUAAAUUUUUAUUCAAAACA